GGUGUGUUCAAAAACAUGGCCUCUCAGGAAGUCCAGAGUUUCUUCCAGCCUAUUUCCUCCUGGAUGUCUCGGGUCUGUGAGGCUGUCCAACAAGCAGGAGACUCCUUAUCGUCUUCCUUGAUCAACCUGGGGAGCAAAACAGAUCAGCAUCCCAUCGAAGAAGGGGACAAGGGCUUGGAAGACAGUGACGGGCCUUAUGAACGUUACUCUGAAGCUUCAGACGAUGGAAGCACCUUUAGCCAGGAGAGUGAGGACGAGGGAGAAAGGAGCAGCCCCACUUUUUCAGAGCAAUAUCUCGAUGAUGAUUCCUUGACAUUCUGUGGACUCUCUCCAAGCUACAGGGGCCAGCAACCUAUGGCAACCAUCCCGGAGGAAGAGGAGCACUUCCAUUCCAAGGAGAUCAAGAACCUUCCACAUAACUGGGAUGUGAAUAGUUACGGGAAGGACGAAGAUCUAACGACCUCCUCGGACAGCGACGAUGAGGUGAUUAAGCAGUUUGAGAUCUCUGUUUCACGUUCACAGAGCUUUUGGUCGGGAGUUUCCGAGAAAGGGACCCAAGUGGGUUUGGAGCACAGGCCAAAAUUCAACCGCUUGCUGUCGAACCAUGAAGAGUACAGUUCUGAGGCCUCUGAAUGCGAAGAUCUUGAUGGGUUCAGCCAACUGAGUUACCAAGACAACCUCUCUUAUCACGAAGAUGACCAUCUAUCGCUUGAUUCAAGAACUGCAUCAGAGAGCAGGGGCUCUGGGCAACCCAAAGACCCCGAGCUGGAGGUUAAUGCGACACCCACCCUCAGCCGUCAAGAAACUGAAGGGAGCUUGGAAAUGGAGACGGCUUUUAGCAACCAAGGAUUCGAAGGGAAUGACGCAACUGACAGCUCCUCGGCCUGGAGUCCAGAGGAUCGUGAAGGAGCAAGUGCCCUUCCAGCUCAUCCAAGCACCCACGAGCCAAUUUCCAAAUGCGGUGACCUCGACGUCCUCUUCGAUUAUAAGUCCGCGAGCCAAAAGCUGCUAGUGACUGUCCUGGAGGCGAAGGGUAUCCCCGACAAGGACCGCAGCGGAGCCAGUUCCUGGCAGGUGCACACGGUCCUGAUGCCCAGCAAGAAGCAGAGGGGGAAGACCAGCAUCCAGCGAGGUCCUAACCCCGUAUUCAAGGACAAGGCGACCUUCACUAAGUUGGCACCUGAGGAGCUGGGCAGCUAUGCUCUCCGAUUCCGGCUCUACUCCAUCCGUAAAAGGAUCAAAGAGAGGAUGAUGGGGGAGCAGUUGUUUUAUCUCAGCAACCUGAACCAGGAGGGGGAAAUUAAGGUUGCACUGGUUCUAGAGCCACGGAGCAACUUGUGUAGUGGGGGCUCUCAGAUAAGUCUCUCUGCCAUCUCUCACAGCGACAGCGCUUCUUCCACCCAGUCCCUGUCGCAUGGAGGGGUUCCAGAGCUGCUGGUUGGGCUCUCCUACAAUGCCACGACGGGGCGACUGUCCGUAGAAAUGAUCAAAGGCAGCCACUUCCGGAAUCUUGCGAUUAACAGGCCGCCUGACACUUAUGGAAAGCUCUGCCUUCUCAACUCAGUGGGCCAGGAGAUGUCUCGCUGCAAGACGUCCCUCCGCCGGGGACAGCCAAAUCCCGUCUACAAAGAGACUUUCGUCUUCCAGGUUGCCUUGUUCCAGCUGUCGGACGUCACGCUGAUGAUCUCCAUCUACAACCGCCGCAGCAUUAAGCGCAAGGAGAUGAUUGGCUGGCUCUCCAUGGGCCAGAACAGCAGCGGGGAGGAGGAGCUAAGUCACUGGCAGGAAAUGAAAGAGUCCAAGGCUCAUCAAGUGUGCAGGUGGCAUACGCUCCUGGAAUCCUAAGGGAAACCUCAGUCCUCCCAGUGCAGCCGGUGCUGGUUAUCUCUACCCAAGGCUCA